AUGGGUGGUACUCGUGAUAAAAAAGUUGAAUACUUUGCUAAAUUAAGAGAAUUAUUAGAAGAAUACAAAUCUAUCUUCAUCGUUGGUGUUGAUAAUGUUUCUUCCCAACAAAUGCAUGAAAUCAGAAAAUCCUUAAGAGGUGAAGCUACCGUCUUAAUGGGUAAAAACACCAUGGUUAGAAGAGCUGUUAGAGGUUUAUUAGCUGAAUUACCUCAAUUUGAAAAAUUAUUACCUUUCGUUAAAGGUAAUGUUGGUUUCAUUUUCACUAACAGUGAUUUAAAAUCAAUCAGAGAAGUUAUUACUUCUAAUGUUGUUGCUGCUCCAGCUAAAGCCGGUGCCGUUGCUCCAAAAGAUGUUUGGGUCCCAGCUGGUAACACUGGUAUGGAACCAGGUAAGACUUCUUUCUUCCAAGCUUUAGGUGUUCCAACCAAAAUUGCUAGAGGUUUUAUUGAAAUUGUUAACGAUGUUAAAGUUGUUGAAGCCAACAACAAAGUUGGUCCAUCAGAAGCUUCUUUAUUAAACAUGUUAAACAUUUCUCCAUUCACCUAUGGUAUGACUGUUGUUCAAGUUUACGAUAACGGUCAAAUCUUCCCAGCUUCUAUCUUAGAUAUUACUGAUGAUGAAUUAGUUGGUCACUUUGUUAGUGCCAUUAACACCAUCGCUUCUAUCUCAUUAGCUAUUGGUUACCCAACCUUACCAUCAGUUGGUCACUCCGUUGUUAACAACUAUAAGAACGUUUUAGCUUUAUCUAUUGCUACUGAUUACACCUUCGAAGGUUCAGAAGCUAUUAAAGAUAGAUUAGCUAACCCAGAAGCUUAUGCUGCUGCUGCUCCAGCCGCUGCUGCUGCUUCUACUGAUGCUGCUGCUGAAGAAGCUGCCCCAGCUGAAGAAGAAGAAGAAUCUGAUGAUGAUAUGGGUUUCGGUUUAUUCGAUUAA